CGUCUCGGAAACAAAGCAAGGCCACGGCGGCGACCACCACCAAAAGAUUGAAGCAGACAAAGAGCUCUAAGAUGAAAAUCAAAAAACAGUCCCCCAUCAAAUUGAAUCAGUUGAAACCUCUCCAGCUAUGGUCGCCAGUGAAGGAGAGGAGGACCAAAUCAAAGUCUCGAGCUGCUUCUCUCACCCUCGAGGACAUUACUGCGUGGAACAGGGGUACUAUAGGCUCUUUGGUAAAGAAUGACUGCGGUGAAGGUAUAACCCCGAUGGCUGCUCAACCAACGACGGGGUUGAGUUCAGAGGGCGCACGCGGACUCCAAGCCUAACUCGGUGACCCCGAACCUUCACCUCCUCCCCUCUCUGUUUUUUUUUUCUGCCUUUUUAUCUAUGAUGAGUGACUCUGCUAUUAAUUUUCUCUCCUGGAAUGUAGGCGGAGCUGGGAGCAAAAAUUUUGCCCGCUCUUUGAAGCUGGUCAUUCUCAAGAACCGACCAGAUUUCCUUAUUCUUCUUGAGCCCCAAAUCAGCGGGGAUACAGCUAAUUCAGUUUGUGAUAAGCUAGGGUUCCCUUAAUGUUAUCAGAGUGGAAGCAGAUGGACGUAAGGGGGGCAUUUGGGUGUUUUGGGACGCCGCUAAAUUCUCAAUUUCGAUUUGGUCAGCGUGCUCUCAACAUCUAUCCCUGCGGGUGACUCAAGGGAACGCUAAUCCUUGGAUCCUCACAGUGGUUUAUGCCUCUCCUCGACAGGCUGAGCAAAGAGCUUUAUGGGACAUCCUUGUCGAGCAAAGCAAGAUCAUCGGCAUCUCCUGGCUGCUCACAUGAGAUUUCAAUGCUAUUCGGACACUAGAGGAAAAGUCAGGGCUAGCUACGGCAGACACCAUCCGAAAGUGCAAACUCUUCAAUGAUCCUAUCAAUCGAGCCGAGCUUGUGGAUAUGGGGUUUUCUGGGUCAGCCUUCACUUGGACAAGGGGGAAACAUCAUCAAUCCUAUAGAGCAGUAGAAUCGAUCGAUCUCUGUGCAACUUUUUAUGGAAUUCGAACUUCCCUGACACCAUGGUGGUACACUUACCCCGCCUUCAUUCGGAUCAUAUAAUCCCGUCCUCACCUCGGCUACAAUUCAGGGAGCUGCUCCUCCUUUGUCAUCUCGCCCUUUUAAGUUUGAAUCGGCUUGGUUUAUGCGCAACAACUUUUUUGACUUCCUUGCAGAUAAUUGGGAUGAGCGAGCAACCUUACCAGAUGCUUUGCACAACCUCCCGGUCAAACUGCAGGAGUGGAAUCGCAGUGUUUUUGGUCACGUCCAGCAGAAAAAGAAGCGGUUGUUGAAAUGCAUAGAGGGAGUGGAAACUCGUCUGGCCCUCUCUUUCAAUCCUGGUUUAGCCAAGUUGCAUUCUAAACUUGAGGUGGAGUUGGAUAAAGUGCUCGAGCAGGAGGAGCUAAUAUGGUUUCAACGCGCUCGGGAGAAAUGGGUGAAGUUUGGAGAGCGGAAUACAACGUAUUUCCAUUAACAAGUUAGCAUCAGGAGACGGCGGAACAAGAUCAGGGCCCUCAAGGACGCGAAUGGGAGCUGGGUGGAUGAUCCUCAAGAGCUCGCGAACAUGGUUUUCUCUGCUUUUGCUAACCUUUAUCUGCAGGAUAUUUCGUCGUAUGAGGACAAGAUGCCUAAGGGUGCCUUUUCGCGUCUAGGACAGCAGGAACUCAUGAACCUUCUGCGUCCUUUCACUAUCUGCGACAUCCACAAGGCAAUUUUUGACAUGAAGCCUCUCCAGGCUCCGGGUCCGGAUGGCUUCCAGGCAGCUUUUUACCUAAAGUCGUGGAAUGUGGUUGGAAAGGCAAUAACUGACGAAAGGGAUGCGCUUGGAAUAUUAAGAAUGGACGUACCACUAAAUUUUGGCAGGAUAUUUGGCUUUUGCAGGUACCCCUGAGAGAGGUGGCGACUGGACCAAUCCUCCCUGAGAUGGUGGAGGCAACAGUGGCGGAUUAUAUUGGACCACAUGGACGGUGGAGAGCUGAUCUUUUCAUGGCACUCCUCCCUGACGAUGUACAUCAGAAGAUUCAUAGCAUAGCUGUUGACAACCUUUCUCCGGAGGACGACACCAUUUUCUGGACAGCCUCACCAGAUGGCAGUUUACUGGAAGAUCAUUUGGAAUCUUCCAGCGCCGGAGCGGAUCAGAAGCUUCAUGUGGCUGGUUCUGCUUGGGAAACUCGUGACCAAUGAAGAGCGUUUCCACAGGAAAUUGGCGCUCAAUCCCUUUUGCAUGCGAUGUAAUGGGAGUCCGGAGACCAUCGUUCACAUUCUCCGCGAUUGCUCGCCAGCAGCCUUCUUUUGGUCCCGUCAAAUACCAGGUAAUAAACAGGCUGCCUUCUUUGGUGCAGAUCAGCAGACCUGGCUUCGUGACAAUCUGCAGAAUGGAGAGUGUGAUGGAUCUCGUAUGUGUUGGGCGGCUUUUUUCAGUAUGGCGGCUUGGCUUAUUUGGAAAAACAGGUGUACCACUGUCUUCAAGGGCAUUGGCGUUGCCUUGUCUUCCUCAUCUCUUACUCACUCUAUUAUGGCGAAGACAAUAUUGUGGAAUGAGGCAUGGCAUACCCCCACCUUGCGGUUGGAUGGAGGAAAGGGUUUGGCAACUCGGGUGAUGACGGCGAUCAGCUGGGCGCCACCGCCGGCUGGGUGGGUGAUGCUGAAUAUUGAUGGUGCAUCUAAUGGAAACCCGGGUCCGACUGGGUCAGGAGGACUACUGCGAGAUUCCACUAGGAGAUGGAUUGCUGGCUUCAUCGCGAACAUAGGAGAAGCCUCCGCGGCCCUUUCAAAGCUGUGGGCUUUCUUCCAUGGCCUCGACCUGGCCUGGAAACUUGGCCACCGAGCCCUGAAAAUUGGAUCCGAUUCACAGCUUGCCAUUUUCUCGUCAACAGUCGGCAUGACCUGGUGCAUCCUUAUGCCACUUUACUUGUCGUGAUCCGCAGGAAGCUAGCCCAAGACUGGCUGGUGAACAUUGCCUAUACCUACCGGGAGAGGAAUAGAGCCGCGGACUGGCUCUCGAAGCACAGUCUCGUCUAUCCCCACGAUAUGCAUGAGCUUGUGAACCCGCCGCCCGGGCUAGCUACUAUUCUUGGGACGAUCUCAUGGGAAUUACUUUUGAGCGUAGAGUUGUAGCUCAUCAUCCCCCCCCCCCCCCCUCGUCUGUAAUGCUCUCGGCUUUUAGCCUUCUUGUAACGCAAAAAAAAACUUUAUAGUUGACUGCCACGUAUGACAAAUUUUAUGGAGUGUAACUGCCGUUGACUAAUGCUAAAAUGAUUCGUAAAGUUAGUGACGAAUAAAAAAGAAAAAUUUCA